AUGUCUGUGACAGGACUUUACGACUAUACCGUUGUCAUGACGGUUCUUGACGUCGUGAAAAAGACUCAACCUAUUCUGGUCCUCCCCGUUAUCUCUGCCUGGCUCAAUGCUCACCAGGAGCCCAACUUCACCAUACGCCAGUCCUUAUGGGCUUGGACCAUGAACGCCGUCACCAACGCCUCUUUGCUACACAUCACGCUGGGACUUACUGGCACCCACCGGCGCCGGAUGGAGAUGUGGGUAACCUGGUCUACCGAACAACGAAGACAAGCUCUCGUUUCUAUCCGAACCGGUAUCAAGACCCCACUGGUGGAAAACGAACUCUCUGGUAAUACGGGUGUGCUGGCGUUUCGUCCCUUCUCGGAGUUCUCACCAACAAAGUUCAAGCCGCUCUCUGGGGAGUCUCGACGGCUAUGGGAAGUUUUCUAUGACACGCUCGUCAGCAUCGGUGCCAAGUACGGCCUGUCGCCCAAUGACUUUCAAUACUACUGCACGAUUCCCUCCUCGAAAGGCUCUGGCCAUCGCGUCUUUUGCCCCUUCCAUGUCCUUUCUCGACCUCAAGCCUUGGCAAUUGGCUGGGACUGGCACAUUCUGAGUACCCUUGCCCGGAAAAAGCUGCGGAUAAUGCGGAAAUUCUGCAACCGACAUGCAGAGGGGGCCGGAUAUGGGGAACCUCAAGUCACUGAACUCGUCUUCAUAUAUUGGAUAGCGCAUCACUUCAGCAGCAAAAUACAACAAAUUGGCAAUGCGUUCAAGGCAUCACUUUGCAAAGGGCCUGAUCAUAGAAUCGCCAUGCGAUUUGGUCUUGUUGCUAACAAGCAUCUGGACCCCGUCAAUUACAUCGACCUAUCUCAGUCCACCAUCACUUUCGACACUGUCACCACGAACUUUGGCAUGAUGAACUACGACUCUGGAGCCUGGGAUGGCAUACGCCGGCUCCUCACUCUCAUCCCCCAGCAGCAUGCUUACUGGAAGGUCGACCGUGGGCUUGGUAGCGGACCUUGGGCUGGGGUCCAAGACGAAUCUAUCAUACCCAUACCCCCAGUUCCAGAGUUCGAAAUGGAACCCCUCCCGAUUGAGUCCUGGCUCCAGAGCGGAGAUACAGUGUCAGAAUCCACUGAUCUGCUCAAGUGCCCAGCUUGUCAUUCCAACUUUGGCUCCAUCGCUCUCUUGGUCCAACACAACCGGCGGGGCCUAUGUCUUGACGAGACCAAGUCCUCGGCAGAUGCGAUUCUCAGUGGAACCAGGUCACCAGAAACCCCACAGCAACUCCCGCGGCAGGACGCUGUUGAUGCUGAAUACUGGAAGACUGUGGCCGAGAAGUACAAGUGCCCAGAUUGCAGUAAAAUUUGUGCCGGCGAGUCACAUUUCCAACGUCACAUGGCUAACCAUCGCAAGGAAGAUGAGUUUAGGUGA